UUGCCCUCCUCCGCGCUCCGCCGCGUCGCUCAUUGGAGAGUGAAAGAUGGGGGAAGUGUCGUUUUCUGGAAGUUCACUGAAAGUACAGAGCCGAAAGCUGUAAAACAAACAUUAAAGCUGACUUUUUACCCUUUGGAGUGGAAGGUGUUGCGGGAACGCCGAGUUUUCCCCCCGGGUGUUUGAAGAAGUCUCCCGUUCCGUCAUGGAGUUCGGUGAGGAGUCGUCGCCGGCCUUGGCUUUCGAUAAGGACGCGUUCGAGCUGACGGUGGAGGAUGUUUAUGACAUCUCCUAUGUGAUCGGCCGAGAUUUGCUGAAAAUCAGCAGCGCCGGCGAAGAAGUGUCGGACCUCCAGUUCAGGAUCGUGCGCGUCCUGGAGAUGUUCGAGACUUUGGUCAACAAGUACAACUUAUCCCUGGAGGAGCUGAAAAUGGAGCGGGACAACCUGAAGAGUGAGCUGCACCGGAUCAUCCAGGACGGCUCCUCCGCGCAGGGAGCGCAGACCGUGGGGCCCAAUCAGCUCGUGGUGGACCUGACGGACCCCAACAGACCGCGCUUCACCAUGCAGGAGCUGAAGGAGGUGCUGCAGGAGAGGAACCAUCUAAAAGCUCAGCUCCUGUUGGCUCAGGAGGAGCUGCAGCUGUACAAGAGCGGGAUUUUGCCUCAAGCUGAACCGGCUCUGGUGGAGGUGGAUCUGGAUGCACCAGAACCUGCAGACACAGCCACAGAGAGCAGUCCAGCAGCGACAGACGAUGCAAAAGCAGAGAAAACAACCAUACGCAAACUGUUUUCAUUCAGCCGAAAGUGAGAGAAAAACCCUUCACAAGAAGUGACCAAGUCGAAGACAAACAGGAUUUGUCAGUUCAAAUUAACCACUUUCAGAAUGUCUGAUUUUUUUUUUUAUUAUUAUUAUUAAUUUUGUAUUUGUCUAACAAGCACUAUAUUUUGUACUGGAAAUUUUAACCUAUUAUAGAUUGAGAAAUAUGCAGUUGCAUAAAUUAUGUACAAAUUUCUCAUGAGGAGAACUGGAAAGUAUUUUCUAACUAGUGUUAAUGAAGCAACUGAACAGGAAAUUGUUUCUGUGUUUUGUAUUUUUUGUAAAUUGUAAUAGUUCCAAUAUUACUUAAGUAAUCUGAAGCACACAUACCCUCACCCUCAUCAGUGGUCUAUGAAGGACUCCCAUCUAAAAACCCAAUGAUUAAAUAAUGUGUUG